AUCGCAACCGCCACGGCCGUAGUCCACCAAAGCGAGCGAGCGAGCGUGGAGGCUCUCCGCUUUAUUAUCUCCUUAAAACCCCGCUCACGGCCCCGAUACCGCGUUCCCUUCCCCCCCACCCCGAAAUUAUAUAAAGCGAGCGACGCGAACUUCAUAGGAGUUCUCGUCGAUUCGAUCGGAAUCGAAGCUUGAGGAGGAGAGAGGAGAGACGAGGAGGAGUACGAGGAGGAGGAGGAGGAGGAGGAGGAGGAGGUGAGGCGGUGGCCAUGGCGAUGCGCGAUCUAGUCACGGGGGGCGCGGCGUGCGCGGUUCCUGGCUCCUCCUCUUCCUCGAACCCCUUCGGUGCCCUCGCCAACGCGAUCCUCGGAUCGUCUUCGAAAACUCAGGAACUAAAGGGACUUCCUGGUUCCGCAGUUAAUGUUCCUGAGGCUUCUUCUGACUAUAGGCCUGCAGCUCCACUGACUACCAUUCCAGGGUCAGAAUAUGAGAGCCAACAGGACCAACGACCAGAUGCCCGGACUUCUGAAUUCCUCCAUGGAUUCCAUUCUACGGAUCACGGUGGCCUUGCAGAAGCCUGGGAUGAAAUUCAUCGGUCUCCAGUUUUUCCUCCUGCUCAGUUCAGAGAAAAUGAGGCCCACUUUGAAGAGUUUGAGAGAGUUUAUAAUGCAAAUCCCCUUCAACCCACUUGGGAUGGUCCACCACAGAGAGUCUUGUCUAGUGUCCUGCAUUCUUUCCUUGGCAGUGAUCAAGCUGGUGUUCCUUUCCGCCCGACUGCACUGCCAGUUCUUGGGUUAUCAGAAGGUGACAAACAAUGCAUACGUGAUCGUAGCUGCAUAAUGGCACGCCACAUUUUUGCUGAUAAGAGUGAAGAGUACAUUCAAUCACAGGUAAAUGCAUUGCUGCACUCUUUAGAUAUUGAUAGCAAUCAUCAAAUCAGAGGGUCCAUGCAUGGACCUCAUUCAGAAUUGGAGGGAUAUUGGAACGAGUCUCAAGGUGCCAUGAUACCUAGGAUGCCUAAUCCUGUAGAUGGUUGGAUUACAGAAUUUAGCCAACAAAGAGAAAAUGAUAACCCUGCAGCCUGGGCCAAUUCCUUCGAACAAAUGCAUGGUGCUAAUGGCUGGGCUUCUGAAUUUGAGCAGGAUCUAAAAAUGGGUCACAUGAGAGAUGCAAACUUAGCUAACUUAGCUGCAAUGGAGCAGAGCCGUAUGCUUGCACAGACAUUAGGACAAAAUAGAGACCCGAAAUUUCAGAAAUCAAAGUUUCUACAGUUUGUUUCAAAGAUGAGCCGUGGUGAGCUUAUAAUUGAUGAGAACCAAAUCAAGCCGGGUACAAACUCUCUUGCUGGUGAUUGGGCUAAUGAGUAUCAAGCGCAGUAUGAUGUUGGCCCAAAGUCUUGGGCAGAUCAAUUUCAACAAGAAGAGCUUUCACGAGGAACAGAUAACUGGGUGCAUGAGUUCUCUAAGGAACAUCAGCGGCCAGAUGAAAAGUGGGUCGAUGAGUUCUCCAAAUUGAACAUGAAUGACUGGGUGGAAGAAUUUGGUCAGCAGGUCAGUGAAGGAGCUUUUGGGGAAAGCUCUGCUGAUGUGUGGGCAGAUGAUUAUGACAAAUACCUUGAUGACCAGUUACGGGCAUCCAAGCAGCGGUCUGGUGCUUCAAGAGGGGUUUAUGUAUUCUCUGACAUGAACCCUUAUGUUGGUCAUCCCAAUCCGUUGAAGGAAGGGCAAGAACUCUUCCGGAAAGGACUUCUAAGUGAAGCUGUUCUUGCUCUCGAGGCAGAAGUUCUGAAGAAUCCUGAUAAUGCUGAAGGGUGGAGGUUGCUUGGAAUAACACAUGCAGAAAAUGAUGAUGACCAGCAGGCUAUUGCAGCUAUGAUGCGAGCCCAAGAAGCUGAUCCGUCAAAUUUGGAAGUUCUUCUUGCUCUUGGUGUUAGUCACACCAAUGAGUUAGAGCAAGCUGAGGCGUUGAAAUAUCUUUAUCGGUGGCUUCAAAACCAUCCAAAAUAUGGGUCCCUUGCUCCUGUACAGCAGGCAGAUUCUCUGUAUUAUGCUGAUGUUGCGAGGUUGUUUAAUGAGGCUGCUCAAAUGUCACCAGAGGAUGCUGAUGUCCAUGUAGUGCUUGGCGUCUUAUACAAUCUAUCCAGAGAAUAUGACAAAGCUAUAGCAGCUUUUCAGGAGGCACUAAAGAUCAAACCGCGUGACUACUCUCUCUGGAACAAGCUCGGUGCAACCCAAGCAAACAGCGUUCAGAGUGCUGAUGCAAUAUUGGCGUACCAGCAGGCUUUAGAUUUGAAGCCCAACUAUGUUCGUGCAUGGGCAAAUAUGGGCAUUAGUUAUGCCAAUCAGGGUUUAUAUGAAGACUCUAUUCGGUACUAUGUUAGAGCACUUGCUAUGAAUCCUAAAGCAGAAAAUGCUUGGCAGUACCUACGGAUCUCUCUCAGCUGUGCUUCUCGGAACGACUUGUUUGCAGCUUGUGAUUCACGUAACCUCGAUGUUCUCCAGAAAGAGUUUCCGCUGUGAUUGUUGUACUUUGAAGCAAUAUUCUUGUGUAGGAUCUCCAAUCCGAAAUGGAAGCACCUCAAAAUUAGAUUUUUUUUUUAAAAAAACUGUUAUUAUUAUUUUAUACACACACUAAUGCAUGGUCUUCAUUACCAGAAUUUUUGGUUCUUAAA